AUGAAUAACAAUAAUUUUAACAAUAAUAGUAACAACAUGAUGAAUAAUAAUAGAAGAGUAGGAGAUCAAGAUUUAAAUCCAUUGCCUUGUUUUCAACCUUUACAUGGAAAUGCUCCUUCCUCAAUGAGUGGUGGAUUUGGUGGCAAUCAAGUUGGACCAAAUAAUCCAAUUUUCAAUGAUCGUUCGAAUUUUCCUUCUGCUUCUUCAAUAAUGGGAGGAGAUAUGAAACCUCCUCAGAUGUUACCAGGUUCUCGAUUUGAUCCAGUUUAUCCUACCAUUGAACCAUUUGGAGGUUCUGGAAGUGGAAAUAGAGGAGGUAAUUCUUCAUCAUCUUCAUUUGGAAAUGUUAAUCCAGAUCAUCACAAACCUCCACAAUUUGAAGAUGAAGAUUUGUAA